ACGGUGGCCUUUUUCGAGCACUUAGGCGCCUCCAUUAGCGGCAUCGGGCGCACCAUUAGCAUGUGAAUGUGUCACACCUGCGGAGAAGGGAUUAUAAUCCUGGUGCCUAUAAAAAAAAAAGGUUCGGUCUUGUUGCAGCACAUGCUAACGAGGCUAAUCGAAAGAAAGCCACGAUGGAGGUCGGUCGCAAAGCGGUGGCGCACGUGUUGCUGUUGGCCUUGUUCCUCCAGGCGGCCUCGGCCCAGCACUGGUCGUACGGAUGGCUGCCGGGCGGCAAGAGAAGCGUGGGCGAGCUGGAGGCCACCAUCAGGAUGAUGGGUACAGGGGGCGUGGUGUCUCUUCCCGAAGAGGCGAGUGCCCAAACCCAUGAGAGACGUCGACCAUACAAUGUAAUGGAUGAUGAUGAUUCCCAUCAUUUUGAGCGAAAGAAAAGAUUCUCAUAUAAAUGAAAAGAGGGGGGAAAAAAGACAAUUUACAUGAUUAUCUACAGCAGUGAUGGAUACCUCCCCCAAGGGCAACACAUUUAUUGCACCAGUGUCAUUGAUAGGCAUGUCUGUGGCAGUCAAACUGAAAUUGUGAAAUUGGAAUAAACUCUUUUUGAAGCCUCA